CGGGAACAGAAAACUAACGGACUCUAAUAUAAUAAUCUGUGCUUACGAUGUUACAGGAGAAUCCAUUCACCACGGUGGUCCGCAAGACACUGAUUAGCACGGCCAGAUCUUGUAUGGACCAUGUUAAGGCGACCGAGGCAGAUUUAGAAUACCUUCGAGAUGAUCCGCCGUAUCCUGAAAAAGCUGCUUGCAUCAUCAAAUGCCUGUUGGAAAAGGUUGGUAUAGUAAAGAACAAUAGAUACUCGAAGGCUGGGUUCAUGACGACCGUAACUCCUUUAGUGUUCAAGAACAAAAAGAAGCUGGAGCACAUGAAGACUGUGUCUGAAAAUUGCGACAAAGAGGUCAACCAUAGCACAGAAACUCCGUGUCAACUUGGGAAUGAAAUUACUGCUUGCAUUUUCAAAUACGCACCCGAGCUACAUUUGAAGGCGUGA